GUUCAUACCUAGUAGAGUGAAAGACUAUCACUUAAUCGUUGAUAUGAGAGAUUGGUACCACUUGCAGACUAUCAGGGAGCGACAUCCGUGUCUGAGUCACGUGGUUAGAAACCCCUGCAAAGAAUGGAUGCCCCUGAGUCAUGCGUGAUGAAUCACGACCAGAGAAUGACCUGUGAAUCUGGGGUGUUACGGAGUAUCCUUAUUCCGCUCCGGCCACGUCUGCGGCUUACAUUCACCCAAGUUCGUCUCUCAUGACAAAAUGAACAGCAUCACAGACUCACAGUGUCCUUUCGCCCAAUGCCCCCUGACAUCUCAGUUCCUGGCAAGUGAUGAUGCAGCAAGUAGCCUGCGACACAUUCCGAAAGGAUGCGAAAAGUACUACUUCUCGUCUUCAUCCAUGGCUUCAAGGGUGGCGAUGAUACCUUUGGGGCGUUUCCUGAACAUCUCCGAGCUCUUGUUAGCCAUGCGCUGCCAAAGAUCGACGUUUUCGCCGUCACCUACCCCAAGUUUGAAACCCGCGGUGAAUUGAAAGACUGCGUCGAGCGAUUUCACGAAUGGUACGUUCUGGGUUAUUGGCUUAUCGACAAGAUCAUAAUGGAAUCUCUUCUAAUUGACCGAUUCAUCCGCCAGGCUGCAGAACAAAGUCAUUGACCUCGAGGUCGAACGCAUGACACCAUCGCCCACUGUCGACCCAGCUGUCCAUGUCAUGCUGGUCGGCCACUCCAUGGGUGGCAUAGUCGCAGCCGAGACCUUUCUUACCCUCGCAAAUGAACAACCCAUUCCUCCGCAACACUCACGACAGAACCCCGAGAGACCAAAUUACCCAUCUAACACCACCCUGAACUCCUCCACUUCAACCUCACAUCCGAACAAUGCGGUCGACAACGACUCAGCCAGUCUUCCAUCGUUCAUGUUCCCACAUAUCCAAGGGAUUCUCGCCUUUGACACUCCAUACCUCGGGCUCGCUCCGGGCAUGGUUGCUCACGGCUUAGAAGGCGGACAUAAAGUCGUGGCCAAUGCCUACAACACAUACUCAGAUGUCGCCAACAUGUUUGGCUGGGGAUCCAAGUCGGAGCCAGGCUUGAAUGCAGCCACCUCUGCUUCGACCAGGAAAGCAGUUGGUGCGUUGCCGGCCCCGGCGACAUCGUCGACCGCAGAUGCGGCGGCAGCUCCCAAGUGGCAGUCGUGGGGUAAGUACGCCAUGUUUGCUGGUGCUGCAGGUGCAGUCGUUGCUGGUGGCGCGGCUGCAUUGUAUUCGCAGCGGGAAAAAUUAAGUGCCGGAUGGCAAUGGGCUGGGGAUCAUCUCUUGUUCGUUGGCGAAUUGUUCAAGCCAGAGUUCCUCCGCCGCCGGGUCGAUAAUGUCGAAGCGGCUUGUCGAGAGCGGGACGUCGGCUGGGCCAACUUUUACACCAAUCUCGGCAAAGGAGCGAGGGAUGGAUAUGGAAUCACAGCUAGCCUGGCGGGCAAGGAACGGACUUUUUGCAACUUGCCGGUACGUCUCAGCCAAGGAAACCAAAGACAGAGCGAGGACGACGAUGUGCAGGGUGGCGGAAUGCAAUGGAUCAAAGCCACCAACGACAAGGCCAAGGACGAGACGACAGGACACGUUUCCAUGUUUUUCCCACGAGACAAUCCAGGAUUCUACGCACUGGGUGACAAGGCCAAGGAAAAGCUGGCUUCAUGGGUCGAUCAGGGCUGGUAUCAAAGCAGCGAGGGACCGUCUCAUGAGACCAAAGACGAGGGUGCCACUCUGGGAGAAAUCGGAGAUGGCUGGGAGAAACCCGACUACGCGGAUGCAGAAAUCAAGGCCAAGGAGCGUGAGCGUGAUCAGACCGGUUAUUCCACCGGAUUCUAUGAGGAAAAUUUCAUGCCUAACGACUGGGAAGGAGUGGAAUCGCAGCGACGUGAUGACAAAGAUCUCACGGAAGAUGGAUUCCGGAUGAGAGACGAUGACGGUGACGAGGAUUUGGAAGACAGUGUGAUUGUGGAAAAGGCUGCAGAUGGUCAAGUCCCUCUGCCCAAGCCGAGAAACAACACGGGCUUGUGAAGCAUGGGAAUUCUGAGCGACAAUGGGGAAGACGGUGGUUUUUAGUCGACGAUUAUGAGUGACUCCAGCAUUCAGAAUGGAUGGGUGGAUGACUUCGAGCUCGAGCAACACGCGAGUCCGACGUCACUAGAAUUGAUGGGAUUCGGCAUACGUGGAUGGAUCUCUUCCACGCCAUGGGACAUGGACAUGACAUGAUAUUAAAGGCAGGACAGACAUGACAUGAAGUAAUGCAGCUUAUGACUUGCAAGAAAAGCAUUCCAAGUCAGCACGUAACGGUGAAGUGCGAUAAUAAAGGUGAAUCUGGAGUGGCGAUUGUAAUCGCCAAUCCAAUUCCCCCCUACAACCGCAACGACCAGUCCUGGAAUGAAAAGAGCAAAGAGUCAAAACUUCCUCUUCUGAUUUCUGAAUUCUUGAGUUCUGAACCAGCCAAACGAACUACCUAUCCCGUCCCACUCGUCUCCUCCAAUCCCGCACCAUGAGGCAAUCUAUUCUGACCAUCUGCCUGCAUACCUUCGCACCCCGUGAUAGAUCCAGCGGCACUUUCGACUGUUCCCAACAGACUCGAUUUGGUAGGGGGACCA